AUGACGCAGUUGAUGCCUCUGUCCGAAUACCUUUCGAGCACCACCCAGCUUGGGAUGGGCUUCAUACCGGUUCAGGAAGUGGGAGAAGAAGAGCCACGUGCCUAUCUCUACCAACUCGACAUCAUCCAAGGAAUUGGUCCCGAGGUUUCAGGAUCGUUUCAGUGCCUGUCAGCAGGAAAUGAUGCAACUUGA